UUUAUUAGAAUUUUUUUAUCUAAUAAUAAUAUUCAUCAUGUAAGAAAUCAAGUUUCUGAGCUCAAUUGCACAUUAGUGGAGAAUGAGUGUGUGGAAGGUAAUGAGAUAGUUACAAGGGAUGUUACUGAAUCGCACGUUGGAUUGCCCAAUGAAGAUGAAGAUGAAAAAUAUGUGCCAGUGUUCGAAAAUUACGACAAUGUGUUUAAAUUUUACAAAAAUUCCAAGAAAGACGAAUACGGUAUCAUAGAAAAUGCAACGUUUACUUGUAGUCGAGAAGGGCAAAGAGUUAAAUUAACUGCUUCUUUCAAACCACAAUUCACCAUUAAAAAUGGGUGUGAAGCUCGGUUGACAGCUUGUUCGGAUAUUACAGGGACAUGGAAAAUUUCAGGUGUCCAUCUCGAGCAUAAUCAUGCUAUAAGUCCCUCCAAAUCAAGAUUAUAUCGUUGUCAUCAACAGUUAAGCGCAAUUAUUAAACGACGACUUGAGGUGAAUGACGUAGUUGGAAUACCUUUGCAUAAAAGUUUUAAUUCUGGUGUUGUAGAGGUUGGUGGGUACGAAAAGAUGUCAUUUAUUGAGGAGGACUGUCGAAAUUAUAUUGCUAAGGUUCAGCGUUUGAGACUCGGAGAAGAGGAUGCAGCUGCAAUUCAAUCUUACUUUUCUAAAAUGCAGGCUAAUUGGUUGGGU